AUGGCGCCAGCUUCUCCCACACGCAACUACGCCAUUAUAAUCGAUGCUGGAUCAUCUGGCUCCCGGUCCCAGAUCUACAGCUGGGAAUUGGGUCGACGUGGGGACGCGCAAUACGCCCACGCGCUUCUCCCCAACGUCGAGCUGGGCUUGGGCCGCGGAGCACCAGGAGAUACCCUCGGCGACGCGCCGUCUCCUUCGGGCUGGAAAGUUGAGCCAGGGCUCAGCGCGCUUUCCCCGACCGCUUCCACCCUCGAGCUUUAUCUGCGUCAACUCAUCCAGCCCGCUCUCGAUCUCCUUCCGCCCAGCGCUCGCCCCACAACCCCCGUCUACGUCCUCGCGACUGCCGGGAUGCGUCUUCUCGCCCCGCAGCAAGCUCACGCCCUCCUCUCGAGCGCAGACGACGCUCUCGCCGCUAUUCUGCCUCACCACCGCGCCCACUUGUCCUCUCGCAUCAUCUCUGGCGAAGAAGAAGGCUUCUUCGGGUGGCUCGCUGUCAAUUACCUUAUGGAUGGCUUCGUCGACAGGCACGGGAGGCAGCCGCAGCUGCAGUCACCCGCACACUCUCACUCCUGGGGCUUCCUCGAUAUGGGCGGCGCAUCGACGCAGAUCGCUUUCGAGCCGACGCGCGGGUGGGGUGGAGACGUAGCCCGCGAGAAGGAUGACGGUCUGAUCGACUUCAAUCUACGCAUGUCCGAUGGCACUCACCGCCCGUACACGGUGUUCGUCGCGACGUGGCUGGGCUACGGCACCAACCAGGCGCGCGACCGCCACGUGCGCCACCUGAUCAAGCAGAAGGAGAGUGUCAAUGAGAGCGAUACAAACAAAAUCAAUAGCAUAUCCUACACAGACACUGUCGCAGACGCGGAGGCACCCGACGACGACGACAGUCUGCAUAUACCCUCAACGCAGGCACCUCAACUAACGAUCGAGGAUCCGUGUCUACCGCGCAACUUGGACGUGGUCGAUGUGUACACAUCGCACAACAUCCACGGCACAGGCUCCUUUACGGGGUGUUUGCGCGCAUUGGAGCCCCUCCUCGAGCGGGAAGCCUUCUGUCCACACCCACCCUGUCUGUUCGGUGGGCAGCGUGUACCACCUAUAGACUUCUCCCUCGACCGGUUCGUCGGAGUGAGCGAAUAUUGGUUCUCGUCCGAACAUCUUUUCGGUCUAGGCGGCGCAUGGGAUCUCGUACGCUUCGAGAGGGCUGCCGAGGAGUACUGCGCGCAAGACUGGCACGCUCUCGAGCGAGAGUGGAAGCAGGGAAACGUUACUGGCACUAGCGGUAAGUGGGGCGACCAGAUCGACCUCCCACGCCUGCGUAUGCAGUGUUUCAAGGCGAGUUGGAUCGUAGAGGUGCUGCACCAAGGCAUAGGCAUUCCGCGUAUCGUAGAUCCUGGAGGUAACAUCACCACCGCCGAUCCUCUCACAGAGGCCAACGAGAAGGCGGGUCAGAAAGGGCUGCGCUAUGGCGAGGGUGAGCGGGAGCAGGAGCAGGCACCCUCACACGCUCCCUCGCACGAACCCAUAUUCCAAUCGGUGAAUGCCAUAGACAGUGUACCAAUUUCAUGGACACUAGGCUCAGUACUCCUCACAGCAUCUGGAUCGCAGUCGCCUUUCCUCGCCUACAGCACCAACACUCCACACAGCACCUCGGACGACAUAUUCACCUUCACCGGUGUGAAUGGCAAGCUGCUAGCGCUGGAGAGUAGGACGGGUGUGCGUGCGGUGUAUGUGUUGGCUGCACUCGCCCUCCUUCUGCUAGCAGUAGGGUGGUAUGCGUGGUAUGUGUAUCGCAGACGCUCGCGCAGACGCCGCGACAGUGACAGCGACAGUAAUGUGCAGCGAUACACCGCCAUACCCACCCAGAUGGAGGAGGGUACUGAGGCGAUCUCGCUCAACGACGUGGGGCACAAGGCAUACUCGCACAAGAGUCGCAGUGGGAGUGGGAGUAGUUUGGGCAGUUUAGCAAGUGUGGGUAGCAGAGGUGCUGCCGCUAUCGGCAAACUGCAGCGGUCCGUGCGUCGCCUCGCUAGAAUUAUGCCAGGCUGGAGUUGGAGCUGGCGAGACUGGACUAAACCAUCUGCUCCCCGCUCGCGCACACCGAAGCUGCGCUAUAGCGGUGGUUUGCCCUCGGAUCCUACCAGUCAACCCCUCCAGCACACCUCGAGCAGUCCGGCCAUCAUGACUAUCAAGAGUGCCCCUUCAACGCCCAAACGUGGCUCGUCGCGGCUGCACGCAUACAAAAACAGCCAGAAUGUGGAUGUGGACGUUGGUGGGGUUGGUAGUGGUGGUGUAGAUGCAGGUGUAGGUGUUAGUGGCAGUGCGAUCAACGACAAAAGCACAAACACAAAGAAACAACCACACGCGACUGGUUUGGGAUUAUUUAGAAACCCUCUUGAUAGAUCGAGCAGUAGUGUUCACGUCGAUCAACUGGGCUUCCAACAGCAACAACAGCAACAGCAACAGCAUCCUUCAUCCCAACUCCAACUGAAUCCACCACAAACCCUCGCCUCUCAUCCCUCAAAUCCCUCGCACCCCUCUCACACCCCUCCUCGAGCUAGUCUCAGCAGUCGGAAUAACUCCAGCGCUAACCUCACCACGCUCGUUAGUCGUUCCACUUCCUCUGCCAAGCUUAACAAUAUGGGUAUUGUGCAGGAUGACUAUUUCGUGUAG